AUGAUUAUUGCUUUCCAAUUGGCUGUUUUUGCAUUAAUUGCUACUUCAUCAAUCUUACUGAUUAGUGUACCCGUUGUUUUUUCUUCUCCUGAUGGUUGGUCAAGUAACAAAAAUGUUGUAUUUUCUGGUACAUCAUUAUGGAUUGGAUUAGUUUUUCUGGUAGGUAUCCUUAAUUCUCUCAUCUCUUGA